CCUAAUUUAUACUUAGGUCGCAGACACUUUUGAAAAGGUCGCCGACAGAAAUUACGUCACGGUCGACACUUUUAACCAUCGCUUGGAAGUGUCGCCUACCAGGAGAAAUUUCUACUGACGCUGAUGUCGUCACAUAGUGUCGCGCAAGUGUGAUUGGCUAGAUAGACGGCACGCAUCGUUGACUUCAUUGUUUUGAAUUUUCAGCAAGCGCUCAACAGCUGUUUUCUAACAGCUGUUUAUGAUGGAAGGAAUAGAGGAGAGAUUGGCGGAGCAAGUUAGAAAAUAUCCACACCUUUAUAAUGCCUCUCUGCCAUGUUAUAAAGAUCAUCAAGUGCUAGUAAAUUCAUGGGGGGAGAUUUCGCAAACGAUUGGCUUGACAGUAGUGGAGUGCAAGGCCCGGUGGAAGAAACUGCGUGACAGGUAGCUAGAGCUAACGUUAAAUUCCUCCUGGUGGUGGCUAAUGAAGCUAACAACAGUCAGAAUACUGGUACAAAUAAAAUAGCUAUUAUAGAUAGUGUUGUUAUUUUAAUAAAGGUCACUCAUAAUAGUAGCAUGUACGUGUACAGGUAUAACAAGGCAAAAAAGAGGAUGGCGGGAAGAAGCGGCGAUGCCGCGGGAAAGCGUGUCCCCGACAUUUAUAUAAGCCUCUCAUGGAUGCACGACUUUGUCAGGCUCACCAACAACACCAUGACAAACUUUCCGGAGACAGAGGCGGUGACAUCAGAGAAUGAAGAAACUAUUAACAGGGAAGACUUGGAUGCAAUCUUCUCUGGGACCAGCACAGCAGAACCAGCUUCAUCACAGCCAGCUUCUACACAGCCAGCUUUUACACAGCCAGCUUCUACACAGCCAGCUUCUACACAGCCAGCUUCUACACGGCCAGCUCCUUCACAGCCAUCUCAGCGCCGAAAGAGGAAAGGCUCAGAAGAGGCAAUCCUGGAGAGGCUGGAGGAGCUACGGAGGAUCCGGGAGGAGAGACUUGGCCAGAGCUGAGAAUGAGGACAGUGUUUUUGGCAACAUGGUGGCCAGCAUGCUCCAAAAACUGCCUCCACAGAAGAAGAGCGAAGCAAAGUUUGCCAUACACAAACUCCUAUUUGAGAUGGAGCAAGCAGGGCAAAAUACAGAGGAGUAGUCUCACAAUAAAAAAAGAAAUCAAAGAUUUUGAUGAGAUGUAUAUUAUUAUUUAUUAUUGCAGUAUAUUAUUAUUUAUUAUUGCAGUUAUUGUUGUGGCGGGUGGGGAUUGAGGAGAUCUCUUCUGAUGUGGUCAAGCUGCCAGGGUACCUGACCCUGUGUUGAUUGAAAAAACAUCUUGAGGUCAUCCCUGGUGGCAACGGCAGCUUGGGAUGCCCUCGCGUUUGACAGACGCCCAAUAUCCAUGAGGUUAUUGUCCCCGGCAACCACCCGUCUCCACUCCCCUGGCUGGAUCUCCUGAGCUGCUGACACUGUGUCAGUAAAGUUUGGUGGGAUAUACCUGACAGAUGAAAUAUGUACAAACACACAUUAUACAGGGUGAUGAGUUGGAUUAUAUAAG